AAAUAUAGAUGAUCUAUGAUGUAAAAUUAUCACUUCAGAUCUAACUUAAUAGUUAUAUAGUGCUAAUAUAGUGCUAAUAACUUAAUCUCGAUUAUUUGCAUCGUGGAAUACAGAUUAAUCAAUUUUACUAAUGUAAUAAAAUGUACAAAGUUAUAUUUUUAUUAUUAUCAUUGUGCUUAGCUGUGUCCGAAAGUGUGCAACAUAACCCCGCAGAAUACGUUAUACUUAAAUAUAAUGAAACAUACACUAAUACUAUAAAUAAUAACAAAGAAUAUCUUCUAGAAGUAACAGAAACUAUUAAUGACACAGUUAAUGCGAAUCCUCCAAGAAUAUGGAUUCAAAGCAACGCAACUGUGUCUUUUCCUUUAAUGAUAGUAGCAAGACAAACUAAAGAAAUGAUAUCGUGGCAAUUGCCUUUAGAAAUCGAAGGAGACGUAGGUGAAUUCGUAUAUAAUUACACCACAAAAACUAUGUGCCACGACAUACUAAAACAUUAUAGAAUGAACGGGAGACAUCAGAAAAUGAUACAGGAAAAUUCGUUUAUUUCUAUAGCUACAUCUUCGAAUAAAACUAUUAAUUUCACCAUAGAAGUUAGGAAACAAAAUACUUUUACCAUAGAACUUUCCAAGGAGCAUAAGUUCAAUAUUACUCCAAGUCAACCCAGCUACUUCUUUUACAAUUUCACCACAGACGAUUCUUUGAUAAAAAAGGGGGACUCUAAUUACGAAACCGUCAUUUUAGAAGUCAAUUCAGACGACGAUAUCUGCAUGGUUGUCAGUAUACAAAAUAUAAGUUGCCCUGUUUUCGAUACCAAUCAAGAUGUAACGUUCAGGGGGUUCUACGAAACCGUUAACAAGAAAGGAGGUAUCACAAUUCCUAAAUACAAAUUUCCCCAAGGUUUUUACAUAGUGUUUGUCGCAAAACCCGACGAUUACGCUUGCGAAAAAUCGGGUUUUAGUAACGUAAAUAAUUCAGAGAGGGUGAAACAAAUUUCCCUCGUUAUUAAACCCAGUAUUACAUAUUCCGAUUACGUUAUGGCCGUUUUAAUUACUUUGGGAUGUAUAGGUGGUUUCUAUAUAAUUUUUGGUCUUCCGUAUUUUUUUUAUACUGUAAAGGCAACUACACCGAGAGCAAUGGAGUAUGUUGAUAAUUUUUCAACCACGCCAAAUGCACGAAUUGUUAGGCUGAAGGUCACGCGAACAUUCGAUGGCACAGAAAUGGCUAAUGUUCAACGUACCAUAUCCACAAUGUCUGGCCCCUCGGUAGAUAUAACUGAUUACGAUACGUUAAACGAAGUAGAUAUCGAUAAAAAUUUGAGGUUAGGUCGAGGACAACCGUUCCUGAUAGAUUUAGCCCGAAAACCCCCUAAAGAAUUAACGAAAAAAUCUUAUUUGUAUUUAUACAACGUUCUCACGGUGGCCAUUUUUUACGCCUUACCCGUACUGCAGCUCGUCGUAACCUACCAAAUGGUAUUAAAUGAAACCGGCCAACAAGAUUUAUGUUACUACAAUUUCUUAUGCGCGCAUCCUUUGGGUUUUCUCAGCGAUUUUAAUCACGUUUUCUCCAAUAUAGGUUAUAUUUUAUUGGGCGUACUUUUUUUGAUAAUAACGUAUCUUAGGGAACAAUCCCACAAAGACGCCGAUUUCGAUAAGGAAUUCGGUAUUCCUCAACACUAUGGUAUGUUUUACGCCAUGGGGGUGGCUUUGAUAAUGGAAGGUAUACUUAGCGGAAGCUACCACGUUUGCCCUAAUUCUUUGAAUUUUCAAUUUGAUUCUAGUUUUAUGUACGUAAUGGCAGUACUUUGUAUGGUGAAAUUAUAUCAAAAUCGUCAUCCAGAUAUAAACGCUAACGCCUAUACUACAUUCGGAGUAUUAGCUUUAGCAGUGGUACUCGCGAUGAUAGGAAUAUUGGAACCGAAUCAAUACUUUUGGAUAACUUUUGUUAUCAUCCAUAUAUUAAUGUGCUUUUAUCUAAGUGUAAAAGUAUAUUACAUGGGAUGUUGGAGAUUACGUGAUUUAUCUUUACAAAAAUUCAAACAGGUUUGGAUAUACGACUUCUGGUCAGGACCGGCUAACGUUGUUAGACCUUGCCACAAAGCUCGGUUUGUGUUACUUUUCUUGGGAAACUUGUGCAAUUGGGGUCUGGAUGCUUUUGCUUUAUAUCGAUUACCGAAAAACUUUCCUGUCUUCCUAUUGACCAUAUUUAUGACGAAUACUAUGUUGUACUUCGUUUUUUACAUUGUGAUGAAGUACAUCAAUAAAGAGAAAGUAAGGCUCUUGACUUGGGCUUUCCUAAUUGUUUCCGGGGUGUGCGCUAUUUCCGCAAUGUAUUUUUUCUUGCACAAAGCUAUAUCUUGGAAGAGAACGGCGGCGCAAUCGAGACAAUUCAACGUAGAAUGUAAACUAUUUCGUUUUUACGAUUAUCACGACAUAUGGCACUUUUUGAGCGCCAUAGGAAUGUUUUUUACUUUUAUGGUAUUAUUAACUCUCGAUGAUGAUCUUUCGCACACGCAUCAUUCUCAAAUUCCAGUAUUUUAACUAAUAAUAACGAAUUGUUACAUGUGUUAAAAAUAAGCUUUAUGACUUGGUAAAUUAUUUGAAUGUAUUAACUUUAAAAAAUGUUAUUUUGAUUUAGCUAGACAGAUAUUUCUCUUGAAAUCGAGGAUAAGACGCUCAAUUUUUUAUUUAUCUCACAGUUUCUUAUCAGAAAAAAGAUUCUACUCUCAAAGUUUCGAGCUGGUUUAGAGUUGAAAUAUAUUUUUUUGUGAAACAGUGCUCUCUAUAACUUUUGACUUUGGUAGCUUUUCGAAUGAUGUUGAAGGUUUAUGAAAUAAACCAGCUCUUCUGUUAUAAACUAUUUAAAAUCUCUGUAAUACCUAGUGUAACGAAAUCUUAAUUGAUUUGUAUUGGCUCCAAUUUCCACUUCUUUUCAAAUCCAGCUGUUUUUCCCCAUCCAUUAGUUUAAUAUUUAGUAUUUCUAUGGGUCCUUGUGUCUUUAAUUUUGAAGUUAAGGAAGAUAUUCUUUAUAAUAAACUAGCUUUUACCCCUUUUAUCAGAAGUCAUUAUAAUAGAAAAGAACGAACUCUGUAGCUAUAUUAGAACCUGAGAUAUAGAUCUUUGAAUGUAUGAAAAUUGCCGAAAACCUACAAAAAUCCAUAACUCCACAUUGAAUUUCCGCGCCUAGCUCCUCUCCAACUCAACUGAUUUAAGUGUUCAAAAACUCAAACGAAAGAAGGUGUUUCAGCGAGUGUUCUUAAACCAAAACGAAGUCUCUAUCUUGAAUAGAACCUGAGAUAUUGAGGAUAGAACGUGUGUAUGUGAAAAACUCCCAUAAGUAAUGUACAGUAUAUGUAUGAGAAUGGUGAAAAUUAGAUGAAAUCCGAUGGUUGAUCUGUGCAUCAAUACCUUUCAUUGAAAAAAUAUUAAGCAAAUCGGUUGGGUAGAACGCCUGAACGGACUCUGAAUGGAAAUCAUCAAUUUCAUAUUUAUUCGGGUGUCUAAAUUAUCUACAGGUUUCGCUUUUUCUAUAAUUAUACAUACAAUGUUGGUUUGUUAUGGUUUUUGCUCUAUUACAACAGAGAUUUCCUUUCACUGUUUUGUAUCAUUGAAUUCCUCUCAUUUCUAUCACUUUUUUAUUUUAUUUUCUUAUUGCUUAUUCUAGAUUUAUAUUUUUUUUUAUUAUUCUAGACUCUUAACUUAUUCUCCUAAGCAGUUCUGCUUUUCCAAACAAAUUCGAUAUGUUGGUUAUUCUAUUAAUCACAAUUUUUCUUUUUCUAUACAUGAAAUAUUUUUGAGCAUUUUGCUUUUUACUGUUGUUUUGUAUAGUUAUAACUUUGUCUUUUUGCAAAUUUUCUUUGGACUUGAUAAUAAUAUUGAACACGAAAUAUUUGUACUCUUCGGAAAAUUAUAGCAUCAUUUAAUUUUCAAUUUCAUUUUUAGUUUGUAAUAUUGAGAAUUUUUCAAAAUGGUUAUUAAACUAUAUUGAAUUGCCUAUUUUGUUAAUUAGUUUAGUUUUGAAAACAUUUUCCAUGACUAUAAAUUCUAGAAAUUAUCAAAAAUAUUGAUUAAAAAACAACACAGGGGCUUCUAGAAAUCUAUUGAAAUUCUAAAACUUUUCCAUUUAUUUACUCCUUCACUGGGGAAAAAGUAUUUUCUUCUUUUCUAGAAGGAAAAAGCUUUAUAUGAAAUUUCUCAAACUGCAUUAACGACAUAAUUACCAAAAUAUUAGCAUAUAAAAAUAAAUUUAUUAAACCAAACUUCCAAUUGAUAAUAUUUCGUUGAAAAGGUAUAUAUAAGUACCUGCAUAUGAAGGAUCUUUGUGAUAUUAAUUAUAUUUUAAGCAAAAUUCGCUUAAAAAUAAUUUUUUUAUAAAUUUUACCAUGUAGAAUUAAUAUUGGUCCUAUUCCAUUUGAUUUUGAUAUAAAACGUUAAAAUAAUUAUUAAUCUAUGGUUUAUUGUAAAUAUUAAAAUUUUAUUCCAA